CACAUUUCGAAAGGACCUAACGUUUUAACCGUGCCCGUAUUCCCACUAGAAAAGGCUCAUCGACUUUUGGAAAGCAGUGAAAUAUUGAUCUAUAUUGGUACUGGUUAAAUCCUUACAUGGAUGUGAUUUUCGAAAGUUCACGUAUUGCAAAAAAUGUUUCAUUCACAACUUAUUGCCGUCUAUUAGAAAAGCUAGCAUCAAGUGAUGGGGUCAAGACGAAAGAAAAAAUUUUGUCCAAAUUUAUAAUUUUAUGGGAGACCCAGUAUCUUGCAUUAGACUCAAUAAGUCAGUAUCCGUGUGGUGGUCGAGCUAGUCUUUACUUACUCUUACGUUUGUUGAUUCCUUCUCAUGAUAGAUCAAGGAAAGCUUUCGGAUUACGUGAACAAACACUAUCAAGACUAAUAAUUAAAGCUAUUGGGCUUGCCCCAAACAGUCUGGCUGCUCGUAAACUUUCACAUAUUCAUCCUAAUAUUAUCCAUCGACAGACUGAUUUUGCCGAUGUAGCAUAUACAGUGCUCAAAGCUCGAAGUCGUGAGGACAGUGUUUUGUCUGUCAAGGAUCUGAAUGCUCAUUUAGACGACCUGACUACUGCUGAGUCAUAUCAGAUGCGUUUACAAGUAUUGAGAUCGUUGUUACAGUUAACUACAGCUUUAGAACAAAAAUGGAUUAUACGUCUUAUUGUCAAACGAGAUUCUGGUUGUGGCCUAAGCGGGAAGAGUAUUCUCAAAUGCUUUCAUCCAGCUGCGGUCUCUGUUUUCGAAGUCACACAAGAUCUUCUCCCGCUAUGUGAACGAAUUGCAAAUAUACCUUCUUCCAACAUAUCUAUGUUGACAGGACUUGCUAACGAUCUAAGCAACUCAAUCAAUGUCACUCUUUUUGUUCCAUUUCGUCCCAUGUUAUGCGAGCGGGCUAACAGUGGUGAUAUGCUAGUUAACGCAGCACUACAUUUGUACGGUAAACAGAACCAAGGUGAUACUAAAGGAUUAAAACUUCUUUUCGAAACGAAAUUCGAUGGAGAACGAGUUCAACUUCAUAAAUCAAGUAAUUCUUAUCGAUAUUGGUCAAGAAAUCGUUUAGAAUGGACAGCAAGCUACGGUGAAGAUGGUACUCGAGAUUUUGACAGAUUAUCUGCUCAAUUACAUUGUGGAUUUGCACAGCAUGUAACUGAUUGCAUACUAGAUGGAGAAAUGAUGAUAUUUAGUAAUUGGUCAAAGUCAAUUAUGUCAAAAUCAACAAAAUUCGAUGUAAAACGAAGUUCUUAUCAAAAUCCAGAAAUCGAUAAUUAUCAACCGUGUUUCAUUGUUUUCGAUAUACUUUAUUUGAAUUCACAAUUAUUAACUUCAAAGUCCUUACUGGAGCGUAAACAUCUUCUAUCAGAGGCAUUUAAUUUGAAUUCCACAUCAUUGGAUACUGACUUGUUUAUGGAUAGUGAUGAAUCAUUAGAUUUCAAACCAAUCCCUAUUAUAGAUGGUAUUAUAUACGUUUCCAAAUGGUAUACUGCCUCAGCACAUCAAACAGAAGUUGCAAGAGCUUUUAAUCAUCUUGUGAAUGAUCAUCAAGAGGGUCUUAUAGUGAAAAUAGCUGAUUCUCCAUCUCCUUAUCUGCCUGGUAUUAGAACUGAUAGUGGCUGGUGGAAAAUUAAACCAGAUUAUAUACAGGGUUUAUUAGAAGACUUAGAUUGUAUAAUUGUCGGUGGUUAUUUUCAUCAUCGUGGGAAUAAGAUAAUAACAAGAGUUAACCAUUUUUUAUGUGCUGUUCGGGGUGAUGAAUCUACUUCAGAAGAUAAUUUCAAUCUAACACGGUUUUAUACAUUUUGCAAGGUUUUCAAUAUUUUUCGUGGUUAGUACUGGGCAACAGAACUAAAAACUAACCAUCAAUUAUCAGUUUUAUUCAAUGUAUUUUUUGACAAGGUUAAAUCUGGGCUAACAGUUAAACAAUUGAAAGAAAUCAACAAGUUGUUAGGAAAACAUUGGAAGGUGUACGAUAAGAAACAUCCUAACUCUAGUUCUACUGAAUGGUUGUGUGUGAAUUCUGAACGCCCAGAUGUAUGGAUAACUCCACAAUCAUCGCUUGUUUUACAGCUUCAUGGAGCUGAGUUAAUCCAGAGUGAUUCAUAUUCUUGUGGAAUGACUCUUCGAUUUCCUCGUGUGGUGGCUAUACGUUAUGAUAAAAAUUGGUGUGAUUCUCUGUCAAUGAGUGAAUUAAUUAAGCUAAAUACUGAGACAGAGGGUAAAUUAGCCACAAAGCGAUUGUCAAUCGUGCCAACAUUUUCUGGACUUGCAGAUGUCCAACAUCAACACUCCUUUCCAGAUAUAAGUAAUAUGAAUAAUAGUUGUUCAAACACAAAUCAAAGUAGUGGGUAUCAUACAUUAAAUGAAACCACAGAACAACAGACAACUGAAUUGUUUAUAAAUAUUGAUGAACCUUUAGCAACAUCUUCACCUAUUAAACAACGUAAAAUUGAUAUUUAUCAUGAACAUUUAAACUAUUUUGAAAAUCAUGAAAUAUGCCUUUGGUUAUCAAAUGAUAUUGAAUUGAAUAAAAAAAUAGAAUAUGAAACUAUUAUCCGUCACUAUGGUGGUGUUGUUGUACAAAAUCCAUCUGAAAGUACUUUUUGUAUUGUUGUUGAUAAACUUACAUUAAAGACAAAAAAUUUACUAAACUAUUCCAGCACUUCAAAAAAACGCUCUUCAUCUAUUGAAUACAAUGUAGUUCACUUGAACUGGUUACUUGCUUGCAUCAAUAAGAAAUCUCUGUUAGCAUGGAAACCAAAAGAUAUGUUUGCAAUGAAUUCAUCUGUCGCUGCUAAAAUGGCUCAAGAAUAUGACAAAUUUGGUGAUAGUUAUAGUGAGCCUAUUACAUCUGAUGAAUUGAAAUUAAUCUUUAAUGAUAUUUCAUGCUUUGAAUCAGUUACAGAAGAGAAGAGGGAUAUACCAAAGUUAACAGUUCCAAAACUCGGUCAUUAUUCAAAGUUAAAACUUUUAUUAGACGAAUUUCCAAAUGAUAUGGAAGUGUUACAUCCUUUGACGGGUUAUAUUCUAGUACUUAUACGUCCAUUGUUCAGUUUAGAAAAUGAUGAAAAGAAGACUGUACUGACUAGUUUGGAAAUUCAUCAACAAUUAAUGAUUAUUGAUCUACGUAGACUUGGUUCAAUGUGUAUAGGACCUAUUGGUAUUUAUAAACUGGAGUCUGUAUCUAAUUUACAGUCUUUGUUGAAUAUGACCUAUCAUAAUUUUUUAUCUGUCGAUUCACAUACGAAUGAUUGUAUGCGAUCAUUAAGUAAUAAUUGUAUCAAUCCAACGCAUGUUGUAGUGUUAUCGUCUUCCCAAGAAAAAGAGUUUAAUAUUUGGUUAAACGAGAAUUAUUCAACAUUAAACUCUUGGAUUCGUCAAUUUCCUCGUAUACCACAUUUCAUUAAAGAUAGUUGGUUAACUGAAUGCAUUAUGCAAGGCAAUUGGUGUUCAGAAUUGAAUCAUUUGAUUGAAAUGAAUUAAAUUCAUCAUUCUUUCAUGCUGUUCAUCCAGCUUUUGGAGUGAAACGGUAGUUUAGUAGCUAGACCACUUGUCUUCCAUCCGAAUAGGUCACCGACUCAAACUUCACCUCACCCUUACUUCGAUUUGAGCAGGCAUGUAGUGUCACUAAUCCUUACAUAAAUUAUAUCGGGCUCAAGGCUGGUGAGUACAUCAACUUGUACAUGAUAAAUGAGCUCUAUUGUUAUCUGUAUUGUAUAUUAUUAUUUACUUUGAUUGCAAUACUCCGUAAAGAAAAAAUGAUCGAAUACUUCACAUAAUCUACAGCUGAAUUUUUUUAUUCAUAAUGUCAAUAUUCUUUUCUUCAAACUUAUUUAUCUUUGAAAGCCCUUAUUCUUUCUAUUUCUCCACUUCUAUGAAUUGAUCAUUAUUAAUCAUCAUUAUUUGUGCAACUAAUUUCUAAUUCUCUUUUUUCAUUAUUUUUAACCAUAAUACCAGUUUAUUUUUGUAUAAUUUUGUUUCAUCAAUCUGUGAUAAUUGGAAAAAAUACAACGUUAUGUUUUCUCUGAUGAUGUUGUUGUUGUGGCCGUCAUCACUGUUUCUAAACAUUAAUGUGUUUAAAUUUGAAUUUUCACUGAAUGAAAAACAACACCAAACAAACAGCAAUAUUAGUUUAGCAUUAGUUCAAACUCAUUCGGUUCGAGUAGUUUUUUCUAUCCAUUGGGAAGGAGGAUAAAUUUAAGAUCGCUAUGUUAACAAUAGAAAUGACUAUUCAGUGGGAAAAUAGGUUUUUUAGUUAUUUUAG